CUAAAACCCCAGGUUACGGUUUCAGCAAGUGGUAUAAAAAAAAGAAGCGGGCAGCCUCCAAUAGAUUUUCAUCAGCAGCACCUUCAAUUUAUUGUCACCGCAAGCACAAACCCUACGCGUCCUCUCACUCAAUUAACCGAGCCCCAUGGAUAUUGAAGAGGACAUCAAGGCGCUGCAGCUUGAUUCAUCUGCAGAAGAUACUGUGUUGGUCAACGUGGAAGAUGCUAGACCUGGUGAAGCUAUAAAACAUGAUAAAGUUGAUGGAGAGGAUAGUUUUAUGGAAGAAGAGAGGAAGACUGAUGAUGUUGGGAAACCUGAUAUGCCGGAAGAUGAGUUAAGAGAUGAAGCACAUCCAGACUUAAAGCCAGAGCAUGUCGAUCCAAAGGGUGUCUCUGGAAAAGAAAGUUCUCCCCCAGAAGAUAUGCAGGUGGAGGUUGAAGUCAAUAAAAAGAGGCAUCUGAAUGUGGUAUUUAUUGGUCACGUGGAUGCUGGAAAGUCUACUAUUGGAGGACAAAUACUAUUACUUAGUGGUCAAGUUGAUGACCGUACGAUACAAAAGUAUGAGAAAGAAGCGAAGGAUAAAAACAGAGAGAGCUGGUAUAUGGCCUAUAUUAUGGAUACAAAUGAAGAAGAGAGGGUGAAGGGAAUAACAGUUGAAGUAGGAAGAGCACAUUUUGAAACAGAGACGACAAGAUUUACAAUUCUUGAUGCCCCGGGUCAUAAGAGCUAUGUUCCCAAUAUGAUCAGUGGAGCAUCUCAAGCUGACAUUGGAGUGCUGGUUAUAUCUGCUAGAAAGGGUGAAUUCGAAACUGGAUAUGAAAGAGGUGGGCAGACACGUGAACAUGUUCAAUUGGCAAAGACCCUAGGGGUUACAAAGCUUAUUAUUGUUGUAAAUAAGAUGGAUGAUCCUACUGUCAAUUGGUCUAAAGAAAGGUAUGAUGAGAUUGAGUCAAAAAUGGUUCCAUUCUUGAGAUCAUCUGGGUACAAUGUCAAGAAAGAUGUCCAAUUCCUUCCGAUCUCUGGGCUUUUGGGUUCAAAUUUGAAAACUAGAUUGGAGAAGAGUGUAUGCCCAUGGUGGAGUGGUCACUGCCUUUUUGAAGUCCUUGAUGCAGUCGAAGUUCCACCUCGAGAUCCUAAUGGUCCAUUGAGAAUGCCUAUUAUUGACAAAUUUAAAGACAUGGGAACUGUCGUUAUGGGUAAAAUUGAGUCUGGAAGCAUACGUGAGGGUGAUAAUCUACUGAUUAUGCCAAACAAGGCUGCUGUAAAAGUUCUUGCCAUAUUCUGUGAUGAAGAUCGAGUAAGGCAUGUUGGUCCCGGAGAAAAUGUGCGUGUUAGGUUAUCUGGAGUUGAGGAAGAUGACCUUUUGUCAGGCUUUGUCUUGUGCAGUGUUGCAAAGCCAAUACCUGCAGUUACUGAGUUUGUUGCGCAGUUACAGAUUCUUGAGCUGUUGGACAAUGCUAUUUUUACUGCUGGAUACAAAGCUGUAUUGCAUGUCCAUGCGGUUGUUGAGGAGUGUGAGAUUGUUGAACUGAUGCAGCAGAUUGAUCUAAAAACGAAGAAACCUAUGAAGAAAAAACCUCUGUUUGUUAAGAAUGGCGCUAUUGUUUUAUGCCGUGUUCAGGUGAAUAAUAUGAUAUGUGUAGAGAAAUUCUCCAACUUUGCUCAACUUGGACGAUUCACUCUUCGCACUGAAGGGAAAACUGUUGCUGUGGGGAAAAUUACUGCACUGCCUACUGUUGCUGAUAGUGCAUAAACAGCAUAGGCAAACUCAGAAGAGGCAAUUUAAGUUGAGCAUACGAGGUUUCCAUUGCACCCUGCUAGAGCAGUGGCAACACAAACAUGUGGCCCUCCGCAGUAUUUAUUGGAACAGAAGUUGGUCCUUUGUUCAGAUACACGCAUAAAUGUUCAUCAGUUUAGUGGAGAGAUGUUUUCCUUAGCGUGGUGUUGUUUCUGUUUUUUGUUAUUUUCGCCUCCAUCCGAUGAUGUAUUGUUUUCUAGAACGAUAUCAAGUAUGAGGUUAUUUGGUUAUACACUUGUGCCAUCAUAACUUAAAACAAAAUUUUGGCAUUGGAACUUUAAGUUCAUGCGAGCUGCACAUCUGUUAUUCAAUUCUUGACAUUGGCUAUGACUAUUAGUUUAUUGAGCUGAUAUUUAUAUAAUCCAGGACGUAUAUUUUUUAGA